GCUGCGGCUGGGCGGCUAGUUCAAGUUGCCAUAGCUGCGAGUCUGGGGAGAGCAGAGUCGGUUGCGCCGCAGCGUCUGGUCAGUUGCACCUUCUGGGUCACCGGUGGCCGCGGGAGCCGGGUGGGGCCUCGGCGAUGAUCCGGCAUUAAGGGCCUGACGUCCUCUUCUAUCUCAGGUGGUUUGGGAAAAGUGUAGGGGCAACCAAAGAUCAUCUACUUGACUAGGCCUUUUGCCCUGAACCUCAUGAAGAAAUGAUAGGAGGCAGACAUAUGUGCCUAAGAAGAGCACUGAGCUCAGAGGAGAACAACACGGAGUUUUGGGGGUGUGCUUUGACUUGUGUACAUCAAUGGCAGAAUCCUCCAGUGAUUCAGACAACUUCCGCUCUCGUGACCGACUGAAUCGAUGGACUGCCAGGUCAAUAUACAGGAACUCUCAAAAUCGUCCUACGGUAGAUGUCACCGAGAAGGUCAACGCUAUAACGAGUACUUUACAGGAUACCAGUCGGAACCUGCGUCAAGUAGACCAGAUGCUUGGACAGUAUCGAGACUAUAGUAACGGACAGGCGGGUGCUAUAGAACAAUUAAAGGAAAACUUGGAACAAUCAAUAGGCCAACUGCGGAGUCAACGUUUAUUGAGAAACUCAGGAGGGAGAAGUAUUUCUGUUACAAGUCUGAGUACAAGUGACCUCGAUGGUGGCACUGUGACAGAAAGCCACCGUUUUCCACCUACCUCACCUCUCAAGGACUAUGGGGAUCAACAGGGUUUUAAACGAAUUAGGUCCAGAAGUGGUGUCCGAUUUGUUCGGGAGACUGAUGACGCUGUCCAGCUUCAUGCUUUUCAUCAGUCCCUCCGAGACCUCAGCAGUGAACAAGUUCGCCUAGGAGAUGAUUUCAACCGGGAACUUGCCAGAAGAAGCCGAUCGGAUGCUGAAACAAAAAAAGCUUUGGAGGACUUGACUGAAAAACUUAGUGAAGCCCAAAAGCAAGAAGGGGUUUCAGAUCGGGUGGAGCGGCGGCUCCAGGAAAUAGAAAGAGAGAUGCGCACAGAACGAGAGCUGGUAGAAAGACGUCAGGAUCAGCUGGGACUUAUUUCUUUGCAGCUACAGGAGGCACUGAAGAAACAAGAAGCUAAAGCAGAUGAGAAUGAGGGAGUAAUGAAAAAUAAGCUAAGACAAACUGAAACUGAGAAGAAUCAACUUGCACAAGAAUUGGAACAUUCUCGAAGGUUAUUGAAUCAGUCAGAAGGCAGCAGAGAAACACUUUUGCAUCAGAUAGAAGAACUCCGUACACAACUUAUGAAAGCAGGAGAUCGUAAAGGUUUACAACAACAGCAAGGAUCUCAGAUUUCCAAACAACAGUCGAGCCAUCAGGAUGAACAGGGAGAUGAUUGGAGGCUUAGGAGAGGGAUUGAGCAGGACAAAGAGGAUCUGGAGAGGCAGAUGUCAGAUUUGAGAGUGCAGCUGAACUUCAAUGCGAUGGCAUCUGAGUUAGAGGAAGUGAAGCGGUGCAUGGAGCGAAAAGACAAGGAGAAAGCACAUUUGGCAGCACAAAUAGAGUAUUUAACAGGUGAAUUGGAGAGCAGGGAAAAACAGCAACUAAAGAUGUUGGAUCAACUUAAGGAGAUCCAGAAUCACUUUCAGACAUGUGAGGCCAAGCAAAAGCGUGCUGACCUCCAGAUCUCAGAACUGACUCUCCAUGCCGAGGAUGCAACCAAGCAGGCAGAGCAGUACCUCCUGGAGUUCCAGCAGUCAGAGUCCCUGAGACAGGAGGCUGAGAAGAGGAGAGAAGAGCUGAAACUGAAGGCUCAAGAGUCCAUUAGGCAAUGGAAGCUUAAGUAUAAGAAGUUAGAACGAGAAUUGGACAAACAAUCUGAAACCCUUGAUCAACUGACAGACAAGAAUAACCAGAUUCUAAAAGAAAAGGAUGAAAUGAAAAGCCAGCUUUACGCAGCGUUACAGCAGAUAGAGAACCUGCGAAAGGAAUUGAAUGAUAUCUUAACUAAACGUGCCCUUCAAGAGGAGGAACUUCUCUCUAAAGAGAAGAAACUAAGUGAUGUGAAAGCUCAUCAAGCUGACCUUGAACUAGAAGUCAAGGAUUCUGUGGACACCAUCCAUAGGCUAGAAAUUGAGUUGAAAAAGCAGAGUAAGAUUCAAACUCAGUUGAAGGCUGAGAAAACUCACCUGGAGGAGGAAAUUGCAGAGUUAAAGAAGAGCCAGGCCAAAGACAAAGCUCAACUGCUUGAGAUGCAAGAGUCUGUCAAGGACUUGAGUGCCAUUCGAGCAGAUCUCGCUAGUAAAUUGGCUGAGGAACAGAGAGCCAGGAAAGAGGUGCUUAAGAACCUUUCUGACCUCAAGGCACAGGCAAACUCCAAAGAUGAAGAAACAGCUACAGUCAUCGCACAGUUAAAGCUAGAACGAGAUGUUCACCAGAGGGAGCUGAAAGAUCUCACAUCGUCAUUGCACAAUGUGAAAACUAAACAUGAACAGAAUAUCCACGAACUGAUGAAGCACUUCAAGAAAGAAAAGAGUGAGGCUGAGGAUCAUAUUAAGACACUGAAGGCAGAAAACUUGGAAGAUAAGAAUAUGGCUAAAGCUCAUCUUUGUCAGCUAGAGAAGUUGAAAUCACAGUGUGACAGGCUGACAGAGGAAUUAUCCCAGAAUGAAAAUGAGAACAAAAAAUUGAAGCUAAAAUACCAGAGUUUGAAGGACCAACUGGAAGAAAAGGAAAAACAUAUAAGCAAUGAAGAAGAGCACUUAAGGAGGAUGGAAGAGGCCAGAUUGCAGCUCAAGGAUCAACUUCUUUGCCUGGAGACAGAGCAGGAAUCCAUUCUUGGUGUGAUAGGAAAGGAAAUUGAUGCAGCUUGUAAAACCUUCUCUAGGGACUCAAUGGAGAAAUUUAAAGUUUUUUCAUCAGGUCCUGAUAUUAAUUAUGACCCACAUCGUUGGUUAGCAGAAAGCAAGACUAAACUUCAAUGGCUCUGUGAGGAACUGAAAGAGAGAGAAAACAGAGAGAAAAGUCUACGGCAUCAGCUGAUGCUAUACAGGCAGCAACUCAGGAAUAUGACCGAACACAAGGAAUCUGAGCUCCAGUGUCUCUUUGAACAGAUAGAAAGACAGGAGCAGCUUCUGGAAGAAAUACAUCGGGAGAAGAGAGAUCUGCUGGAGGAGACCCACAGAAAAGAUGAAGAAAUGGAAUCUCUGCAGCCACAACUACGGUUUAAAAUUCCACCUGGGGAAGAUGCUAGUCAGACUGCAAUGAGAAAUCAGAAUGACGCUCAAUUUGAAGAAAAAGCAGACCGAGUAAAUGCAUUGGAAACGAUUUCCAGUUUGCUUGAAAAUGCUCAUAAUAUUGGGGGGAAAAGUAUUAACCUGAUAAGGAGAGUGGAGGGAGUCGUCUCCACCGAGGGCACAAGCACCCGAGUAGCCUUAGACCAUCUGGAGUCCGUUCCUGAGAAACUGAGCCUACUAGAAGAUUUCAAAGACUUCAGAGACUCACACAGCUUCUCGGAGAGAAUUGAUGGGCGGUUCCCUAAACACAGAGUGCACAGAGAGCCUCUCCAGCAGCACCGAGAUGGCACCAAGUACAGAAUCAAAAGCCUCAAAGGUGACAGAAGCUUUGCUGAAAGUUGCCAUGUUCAUGGGUUAGAUCAUUCAACCUCUUGGCAGGAUCAGGGUAGCUUCCUGUCUAGUCCACGAUUUUCACACUUAAACUCAUUUACUCAAAGAACCUUUGCUCCAGAUUCAUCGUUAAACAAGGAAGAUGCCUCAAGUUUACCAAUGGAUGGAACAAGUCCACUGUACAAAAAGGAAGAAUAUGAAAGCAAAAAAAGCAAAAUGUAAUGAGUUGCUUUAUAUGAGUGUUUCACAAAGAGCAGCAUAUCUGUCACUGCCCAGUUUGGCCCACAUUAUCUAGCAGUCGUGUUUGUAGCUUCUGCUCUUUAGCAUUGCCAAACAGAGAUAGCGAUACAGUUGGUCUUUGUGAAUGAUAUAAAUUAAACAAAUCCAAAUAAUACCAAUUCAUGAGUGAUAUGCAACUCACUUAUUCUCAAUUUAUGCCAGUGGAGUGGUAUUCUUUACUUUGCAUUUUCCGUUUUCAGGGGCGAUCAGUCACGGUUUGGGAUGUAUAAUUGAGGCCUUUCAAAAAUGACUGUCUGAGAAGGGGGAGAAAUGAGUUCCCCUUGAGGCAGAAGUUGUCAAUACUUUAAAGUCAAGGAGCAUUUAUAUACAAUUGAUCUUUAAAAAAUGCUUUCUGUCUAAUAAAUUAUCAUGUGUUACAACAUGUCAUGGAGAUAUGCACCUAUACCACUAGUCCACUUUAUAAAUGCUCAGGAGUGUUACCAUCCAUCGUUUCACAGUCUGUUACUAAAAGCAGUAUCUUAGCUAUUUCCAAACAUCCAUUUGUAAUAACAGUAAAGAAUUACAAACGAUACCUGAAUUGUAGAGCACUGUAAAGAGUUUGUAGCACAAUUCACUAAUUUAUCU